CACUUCUGUUUGGGCAUGACGUCUUGUCAAUUUCUAAGCUGCUCCAAUCAGAGGUCGAGUCCACCGAGCUUUCCGCUCUCCUAUUGGUCCGUGUGGGGGGGAGGCGGGGAAAGAAGGUGUAGCCUGAGGUCGCCCGAGGGCGGCGCUCGGCCCUCAGUGCGCAGGCGCUGGCUGGGGCCCGGACCGGGGGCGGGCUUGAAGACGCGUCGUUGGGUUUUGGACGCAGGGAUAGAGCUCGCUGGGUUCAUCCGUCGAGCGGAAAGCUUUUGUCCGGUCCCGGCCGAGAACGAGGCCCGCGAGAUUCCCAAUGGUGUCCAUGACUUUCAAGCGGAGCCGCAGCGACCGGUUCUACAGCACCCGGUGCUGCGGCUGUUGCCAUGUCCGCACCGGGACGAUCAUCCUGGGGACCUGGUACAUGAUAAUGCCUGUGUUCUUUUUGCCGUCUCUGUUCUUAUGUUUAUAAUCAGUUCAAUGCUGGUAUAUGGAGCAAUUUCUUAUCAAGUGGGUUGGCUUAUUCCAUUCUUCUGUUACCGGCUUUUUGACUUCGUCCUCAGUUGCCUGGUUGCUAUCAGUUCUCUCACUUACUUGCCAAGAAUCAAAGAAUAUCUGGAUCAAUUACCUGAUUUUCCCUAUAAAGACGACCUCCUGGCAUUGGACUCCAGCUGCCUCCUGUUCAUUGUUCUUGCGUUCUUCGUCUUAUUCAUCAUUUUUAAGGCUUAUCUAAUCAACUGUGUUUGGAACUGCUAUAAAUACAUCAACAACAGGAACACGCCAGAGAUUGCUGUGUACCCUGCCUUCGAAGCACCCCCACAGUACGUUUUGCCAACCUAUGAAAUGGCAGUGAAGAUGCCUGAAAAAGAACCACCGCCUCCUUACAUACCCGCCUGAAGACAUCCUGCCUUUGUCAAUAAACCCUAUACCAGCUUUUUGUCGUGUUUAUUUUACAGAAUGCUGCAAUACAGGGCUCUUCAAACUUGUUUGAUAUAAACUACAUUUUCCUUUGUGUAAGCAUUUAUUUUCAAACACUAACAAGCUUUUGGGACAUCUAUUAGAAGUCAGUUGUUUUUCUGUUUUGUUAAGUCUAUUACAUUUUAGUAGUUUUUGAAGACAAUCUAGUUAAGCAAGAGCAAAGUGCCAUUGUUUGCCUUUAAUGGGGGUGGGGUGGGGAGGGGUGCUCUCUACACAUUUUCUUUUUUAACUUUGCACUUCCUUUAUAUAAUAGUUUGCAUUUUGGUUAUUUUGCUGCCCUGGAUACUUUCAGGAGGAAUGAAUAAAAUAUUCAGGGUGAAUGAGUUGGGUAUAAGAUCUGAAGUUUUCAGCUAUGAAAACAGGAAAAAUGUAUGACGUUUUAACUUGACUAUGGAAAUGACGGUUGCAUGUUUCUAAUUUGUAUUUUCCAUUUUGUGAUAAGAUGCUUUAAUAAAUUUCUUAAAAUUUA